AUGGCGGGCGGCUUCCCCCUACGCAAGUGGUCCGCGAACGAGUCGGAGAUCCUGGCGGAGGUCCCGGUGGAACAUCGUAUGCAGCAGGAGCUGCGAGACUGGAGGCCGCACGAGACGCACGGGACGCUGGGAUUGCGGUGGCAUCCCGCCACUGACGAAUUCUCCUUCGCCAUUCCGGCGAGAUCAUUGACGACGGUAAGCAAGCGGACGGUUCUCGCCUUCACAGCACGCCUGUUUGAUCCCCUCGGCUGGCUGGCGCCGGCCGUGGUGAGGGCCAAGAUCGCGUUCCAGUCGACUUGGUUGUUGGGCCUCGGGUGGGACGAUCCUCUCGACGGAGCGGCCGAGCGACUCUGGCGCUCCUGUGAGGACGAGCUACCGCUGCUGGAGAGCGUUCGAGUUCCAAGGAUGCUGGAGAUCUGUCCGGCGCGCGGCGACGCUGAACUUCACGGAUUUGCGGACGCCUCCGAGCGCGCCUACGCCGCCGUACUCUACUUGCGGACGGGACUCGGCGACUCCUGGAGGACCUGUCUGGUCGCCGCCCGGACGAAGGUGGCGCCUAUCAAGCCAGCGCCCGCACACCUGUGGUCGGAUUCAACGGUCGCCCUGGGAUGGAUCCGCGGUCACCCGACGCGGUGGAAGACCUUUGUGUCAAACCGCGUCGCUGAGAUCCAGACCCAGGUCGCUGACGCGCAGUGGCACCACGUGCCUGGCCUGGACAAUCCGGCGGACUGUGCCUCCCGUGGACUUCCACCGGGAGAGCUGGUGGCGCAUCCUCUCUGGUGGCGGGGUCCCCCAUGGCUCCGGGCGGAGUCAUCUUCAUGGCCUACUGCCGGGCCGCUUCCGGACGACAAGGACUUGCCGGAGGAAAGACUUCAGGCGCACGCCGUCAAGGCUGCGCCUGUUCCAGUGGAGGAGCCUGAGGAGCUGCUACGGUUCUCGUUGCUGAGCCGACUGCUGCGAGUGACGGCAUGGUGCCGACGCUGGUGGUAUAGGCAGCGGGUUCCGGGAGCUGUUUUCGUGGAGAUCGAGGGGAAUCAGGUUGACGUGCUGACGACGCCCGAGCUGGAGGAGGCGAGGACGAUCUGGAUCCGGCGGGUCCAGCUUGAACACUACCGAAGCGAGCUAGUUGCCCUUCAGAGAUCUCUUCCUCUUCCGUCUUCCAGUUCCCUCUCGCGCUUGACCCCCUUUUGCGAUUCUCAGGGUCUUCUCCGAGUUGGUGGCCGAUUGAGGCACGCGCUCCUCGCCUAUGACGAGCGACACCCCGUGCUUCUUCCUGGCGGAUCUCACUUCACCCGGUUGGUGGUGGAGGCAUGUCACCUGCGAGCUCUGCACGGUGGAGUCCAGACGACGAUGGGGGUGGUCCGCCAGCACUACUGGAUUCCUCGAGGACGAGCGGUGAUUAAGCGUUGGUUGCACCGUUGUGUCAAGUGCGUGCGAUGGCGGGCGGACGUUCCUCAGCAACUGAUGGGCAGUCUUCCGCGGGAGCGGUUGACUCCAGGGAGGCCCUUCCUCGACACCGGUGUGGACUAUGCCGGGCCGAUCCUGCUCCGAGCGACCAAGGGGCGAGGACAUCGAGCGUACAAGGCAUUUGUCGCGGUCUUCGUGUGCCUUGCCACUCGGGCCGUUCACCUGGAGGCAGUGUCCGACUACUCCGCCGAUGCCUUCUUGGCGGCCUUGCGUCGGUUCCUGUCCCGCCGGGGCCUCUGCCGGACCCUUCGAAGCGAUUGCGGUACCAACUUCGUCGGCGCCGACGCCCAGUUAAGAGCUUUCUUUGCAGCGAGCAGUCCGGACUUAGGCCGAGUCGUCGGGCAGCUUGCGAGCGAGCAAAUUCAGUGGCGGUUCAACCCGCCGUCGGCGCCGCACUUUGGCGGCAUUUGGGAAGCCGCGGUCAAAUCGCUUAAGCACCACCUGCGACGAGUGUUGGGUGACUCGACUCUGACAUUCGAGGAACUGAGCACCCUCCUCGCCCAGGUGGAAGCUUGUUUAAACUCGCGCCCGCUCCAAGCCUUGUCCGACGAUCUGGAGGAUCUCGCUGCGCUCACGCCGGGACAUUUUCUGGUGGGAUCCGCGUUGACCGCCGUGCCGGAGCCCUCGCUGCGGGAGCUGCCUGUGAACCGACUCACACGAUGGCAGCUUCUGCAGCAAAUGCGGGAUCAUUUCUGGGAGAGAUGGUCCCGCGAAUACCUGCACUCCCUCAUCCACCGACCGAAGUGGUUGAAGGGAGUCGGUGAUUUUAGCGUCGGACGCUUAUGUCUUAUCAGGCAUGAAAAUACGCCGCCGGCGCGAUGGCCACUUGCGCGCAUCGUCAGAGUGCAUCGCGGGGAAGACGGACAGAUUCGCGUUGUCACUGUCCGUACCGCGACCUCAGAAUUUACUCGACCGAUCGUAAAACUUAUUUUGCUGCCGGUCAGCGAGAACGAGGCGAGCGAGGAGACCCUCGACUAG